CGUGGGUGCAACUGAACACUUCAAUCUUGCCUUUGUUUCACUCUUAUAUAACACAUGAUCUAGGUUCAUUAUCUGCAGUGCUUCAUCAAAGGGUGAUAGAGUUGGGAAGAAUCAAAGCCUCAUUCAGCAAUACUAGCAUGGAGUUGGGAGGCAAGAAAGGGUCUGAUUUUGCUGCAGAAAUCACUGAUUCAAAUGAGAUAGAUUUGAAGGGCUUAAGACUUGAAGUCAAGGAAAUGAGCCUUGCAUUCAAGGCUCUUGCUGACCUGGUCAAUGAAGCAUUGAUUAAUAAUAAGGCUUUGAACUCAAGGCAGAGUGCCACUGGUCAAAGAAAGCUGAGCAGUCCUACUCCAACUCAGAGUCUUAUUGGAGCAUUUCGUAAGGAGCAAGCUGUUAAGAAGCUAUUUAAGACACCAACUCCACCUCGCAGAGCUAUGAACUCCCCAAAGUUGGAUAAAAAAAAUACUGCUUCUCGUGCAUCUCCAUUAAGUACUACAAGCAAUGGUAAAAGUAUUGCUUCUUGUGGAAAGAGGAAAAUUUCUGAAUGUAACGAAGAAGACACUGCUACUAACCCCGGGGGAUUCACACUACCCAUGGGAAUGGAAAGCAACUAUCCUCCAACACCGGAGAUGCUUUUGCUGAGAAGAGAAAUGAUACUUGCACAUUACAUUUUCCAUCCAGAAAUGGAUAAUAAUGAGAUCCUCUUCCAGCUAGGAAAUAAGAAGGUAACAAGGCUGGACUUCCAAUCCUUUUGUCCGCCAAAUGAAGUAAACCAUGAGAUAAUUACUUUGAAGACUAUGAAAACAACCUACCUGCAACGUGAUGAAGAAUUUCCUUCGGUUUGGUCAUUACCUCCAUCGUUUGUGGAUGAUGUAUUCAAUGGACUAACUAUUAAUGAACUGAAAGAGACAUAUGCCAAAGUCUGGAUGCCGCCUUAUAUCGGAUUGAAAUACGUGUAUGUUCCUAUAAGAGAUGAGCGUGGUCACUGGUUUGUCAUGGUGAUCUCCUUAGUUGAUGAAGCAAUUUACCACCUAGACUCUAAUCUUCAAAUGGGUGAUGAUUUGAUCGAAAGAAGGAAGAUCAUGGCCACUCUGUGUGCUGCAAUCUCAGACAUAGUCAGUGAAUGUAUGUUUCCGAAGAUGUUGCUGACCACUGCAAAAAAGUUAACAUCAUGGAAUAUUAUUCAAGCUGCCGGCAUUCCAAACCGUGGCACAAGUGUGGAUUCAGGUGUUUGGGUGUUGAAAUGGCUUGAGCUGGAAAAAGGCUUUGGGUCACAUCUGGAUGGGAACCUUAAUGAAGAUGCUGUGAGAAUGAGGUCUGCAACAGAUUUAGUAUCUGGCUGGUACAAUGAAAAAAGGCGAGAGAUUGAAGAAAGCAGUGAAGCUUUCUGGAAGAUGAUGAUUGCUGGGGAAGCUCCAAUAGGCUGGAGAAAAUAGAGAAUCAUUGUGGCACAUGAUCACUAACAGACUAUAUCAGCUCUAUUAGGAUGGAAAAAAAAGAGUGAUUAAAAUAUUGAACCACAUACCUGCAAGUGUUUUGUGUUGGUGGCAUGUGCCUUAUUAUCUUUUCCGUGACCUACUAGCUAGUAUGCAACUUUUAUUCAUUAGGAUAGAUAUCUAUUUUGGUUUUUAUAUUUCAUGUAAUUGGGUCACGUUAUUUAGUGUGUAACAUUCACAGAUUAGUUUCUACGCUUCAUGAAUUUGGGUUUAAAAAUUUCUAUUUGUUGCAUUGUGGUAUCUUAUCUUGGAAUGAAUCUCAUAGACCCUGUUUCAUUAUAGGGUAGUUUGAUGUUUAAAACACGUGAUCUCACAUGGAACUUAUAAUCUUUGAUAACAUCAUGGAAAUGUUUAUGGCUCCUUAUUUCAGAU